UUCUUCCACAUCUCAGAAGACCGGAUACGAGCAAAAUAAUAAAUAACUAAAACCACCUCUACAGUUCACAACAGUAAACACAAUUCCAGUAAACUGGGACGUCAAGUAGCCUUUUACUGGUUGAACACUUCAAACAGGAGCCAAUCGGAGCAGCAGCGGCGGGGCCAGCGGAUGCCGCCUGGUCCGGCUUGAGUUCGAGGAGCUUGAGGGGUUGGAUGCUGUGUAACGCAUUUGUGAGAUAAAAAAUGUCACUACCAAAGCAUGUAUUCUGUUAUAUCCGUUGGAAGUGCACAAGUUUAGCGAAACGAUUCGUUUAAAUGACAACAAAAAUGUCGCUUUUGUCACAGUGUUCGUAACAUCUCGCUCGGUCUUGAUCAUUUUUGCCUUAGCGUUGUUUUUCUGAUCAUGACUUCUGCACCAAGCUGUAGCCUGGUAUCGGCUAGGAUGGCAACCUCCGAGAGUACCCGCGGUUUACCCGCUUACAGCGUCAUGCAUGCCACGGACGGCGGGGCAGCAGCUCACGGACAGCCAGCCGAGGGCUCCUCCUGUGAACUUCUGGAUAACAAUCUUAUACGGAGUCAUUACAGUCAAGAACAUGACAACCAAAUUUUGGAUGAAGCGAAAGGGAAAAUCACGCAUGAUGUGACAAAUAUGCAGAGCUCUGUUCUGGGCAGAAAGGAUCCAGCCAGUAGCAGCCCUAGGAUGUGCCUGACUGUAAAUGCACGUCCUCAAGCCGACCGGCUCACCCCAAAGGAUUCAUCGUGGCUCCCAUGCAAAGAUGAGAUUAGCUCGCAUGGGCUGCGGGCCACCUCAGCACACAUCCCCGUCCCUCAUCUGCUCAGGGGCUCUGCCUCCAAUGUUGAACUGGAGGUGAUGGCGGUUGCUGCCCUGACUUCUCUGUGCACCAGCCCCUUAGUGCUCAGUGAUCCCACAGGAGACUCAGGCAGUACGAGCACAGUUCCAGAGGCAGACAGUAGGUGGUGGAAGGCAGGCCUGUCCCCAAGCUACAGUAACUCCACCAGUGACAACUGCAGCUGGGACACCAGCGACCAGUCAGGGCCCUCCACGCCAUCUCCACCUUUGCCCGCAGAUGCUGGGCGACACGGGGUACCAUAUUCCCAGGAUCUCACGGACGAGCCGGAGCCCGUCCACUUCCUUUUUGAUGACCCCUGCCCGAGGAAACGAAAGAACUCAGUCAAGGUGAUGUUCCAGUGCCUGUGGAAGAACUGUGCCAAAGUCCUGAGCACCUCCUCAGGGAUCCAGAAACACGUGCGCACUGUCCACCUUGGCUUGAAUGGGGACUCGGAGCAGCAUGAAGGAGAGGAGGACUUCUAUUACUCUGAGAUCGAGGUCAACAUGGACUCUCUGUCGGAGGGCCUGUGCAGCCUAUUGCCGGCUUCCCCCAGCACAGCCCCGCCCCUGCUCACCUUCCCUCCCUCCCACACUCCGGCACGUGCUGCUCCCAUCGCCAUCACCGCACAGCCAGCCCUCAAAUUCUCCUCCAGCCCUCUCAGUCAGUCGGCUCCUUCGGUGCUCUGCCACAUCCACACUGACCAUGCCUAUCAGGCCACACCUCCAUCACAGGAUUCCAGGGCAGAGUUCAGGGCGAAGGGGGUGAGCUCAUCCUGGCAGUCACCCCCUAGGCCUUUGAAGGGAUCUCUGGGCACUUUUGUGCACAUCUGUACUGGGGAAAUGACACAGCCAGUCCCCCAGGUCACUGUCACCCGGACACACCUCAUGUCUGCCCCAGCGGCCAAGGCCUCCGCAGGACCCAGGAAGCUGCGAGGCGAUGCUAGAAAGUGUAGGAAGGUGUAUGGCAUGGACAAUAAGGACAUGUGGUGCACGGCUUGCCGUUGGAAGAAAGCCUGCCAGCGCUUCACAGACUGAACCAGAAGCUCCUAUCUGCAAGAGAGAAGGACUGCAGGCCUUCACAGAUUGAACCAGAGCUCCUAUCUGCAAGAGAGAAGGACUGCAGGCCUUCACAGAUUGAACCAGAGCUCCUAUCUGCGAGAGAGAAGGACUGCAGGCCUUCACAGAUUGAACCAGAGCUCCUAUCUGCAAGAGAGAAGGACUGCAGGCCUUCACAGAUUGAACCAGAGCUCCUAUCUGCAAGAGAGAAGGACUGCAUGCCUUCACAGAUUGAACCAGAGCUCCUAUCUGCCAAAGAGAAGGACUGCAGGGCUUCACAGAUUGAACCAGGAGCUCCUGUCUGCAGGAGAGAAGGACUGCAGGGCUUCACAGAUUGAACUAGGAGCUCCUGUCUGCAGUAGAGAAGAAUUUUGGAUCUUCACAGAUUGAACGAAGAUCUACUGUGCAUAGGACUGCCAGCCUUCUGCUAGUUCCUGCAUCCCUGUUAGUUGCACACUGACAUACUGUUGAGUUAGAGCUGGGAUCCCAUUGGUUGAACACUGGCAUUUCUAAUGCACAGGUCCUAAUGUUUCAUUGGUCAGGAUCUGACAUUCAGGUGACUGGGCGUAAUUAUCUUGUCCUACUAUCUUUGUGUAAGUUUCUUAGUGAUGAAAUCACACAGUGCCUGGUGUAGAUGUACAGAAGAGCUGUAAAAAUGUAAAACAAAUGAAUUUUUUAGUUUUUGAGACAAUUUUUUUAGUUUUAAAGCAUUUGCACACAGAAAAUGCACACAGUGCAAAUGUGUUUUAUCUAAUCUUUUGCCUGCUUCGUUGUUCAUUAUUGAGCAUUAUAUUUUUUGUUUAAUAAGCCUUCUCAGAAAUCUUAUUUUCUUAACGCUCUUGUCUGGUCCAAAGGGUUUGCGGAAAGACUUUGUUAAACCACAUCUAUAUCAUGUUAACUCAAGGUUUUGUAACUUGCUUAAUUUGUUGAUCCUGCAGUCAUGAUCUACUUUUUUUGCAUACUUUGAACAAAUACAGCGCUAUACAAUUAUAUACUAACUUAUAUAUAAAUAUAUACAAAUUUUUUGGAA